AUGAUUUUAGAAAUAAUUUGCAAAAAUAAGUUUAAGCUCCAGAAUUGUGAAAUCGAUUAUUUAAUUUUAAAAUUAGAUGAAUGCGACAUAGUCAAAACAAGUUUUCAAAAAUCAGACAGUCUGCCAAUUCAUAAAUUUGAAGAAUUUUGCUUACUCUGGGCACUAGCUUUAAGGAAUAAAGAUCGCUAUCAAAUUUUUAUUGCAAAGUAUGAAUCGAUAGCAGAUCUAGUUAGAUGCAAAAUUGAAAAAUUUAUUGGCCUAACAGAUGAGAAAAUAGGAUCAUUUGCUUUGUACUGGGCUUCUUUAAUAAACGAUAAUAAAACCAUUAGUGAUGAAGCCGCAAUCAAUUACGGACAGUAUAUUGACAGCACUCUUAGCAAUGUUAAAACAAGAUGCACUCUUGAUCUUAUUAUGAAUUUAAGAGCAAUAAUAGAUAACUGUGAAUUUAAAAGGGAACUAUUUAUAGAAAAACUAGCUGAUUUGUUUCCUUUAUCUAAUCAAAAUCUGAUCCUAAAAGUUUUUUCAGUUGACAGCAAUUUUUUGGAGCUGUUUACGAGCCAUUAUUUGGCGUACCUUGAUUCUUAUUCCAGCAUAGCGUAUGAAAAUAGAGUUGCUUAUGUUCUCAAAUUAAUAGAUACUUAUAUUUGCGAUCAUAGAAAAUUUUUUCAGCUAUCGAUUUUAGAAAAUCUUGACGAAAAAAUAAAAAUCAAAAACUUUUGAUAUCACGGUACAUAUCAGGAAAUAUUGAAAAAUCUUGCAGAUACUCAACUUGAGUCUGGAGUUUAUAAUUCAAAAUUUUUAGACAAUUAUUUUUGUAAAUUGACAUCAGAAAGUCAAGAUCCAGAUAAUUUCAAAAUCUGGAUCAAAAAUUUUAUGAUACUGCUCAAAUACAUGUUUUUGAGUAAAACCAAGCUAGAAAUUGAAAAUAGACAAGCGCUUGUGUUUACUUAUAUUGCUCGGUUCAUGUCAAAUAUUCUUAAAUAUAGGGAUAAUUUCAACAGAAAUAAGCUUAUAUCAAUUUUAGAAUUAUGUUAUAAAUUUAUUCCUGGUUUACACAACUAUAUAAACCAAAUGCUAUCAAAAAUGUAUUAUAAAAAAAUUAAAUCAACUAGCUAUGAUUGUAGUUGGGAAAAAUAUGUUUCAUCGUUUAUAUAUGGCUCUGAACAUUAUUGCGAGAUUUCAGAACAUAAUUUAAGCUGGACAAACAAAGAAUCUAGUCCUAUCCCUAAAUUUAUUAUAGAUACUCUUAAAACGAUUUCAUCUUAUUUAAAAGAGCUCACAUUUGAUGAAAUUAAGGCAAACUUAAAACAAAAACUAGAACAAUUUACAAAUGAUGAGCUCAUUAAUUUUAAUCUUGCUGAAAUAAACUCAGAAGAUUGCAAAACUAGCAAAACAAUAGCAAAAUAUUUGACUUCAUUAUUGAUUAAUAGAGGAAUUGAGGGAAUGAUAAGUAUGAUGAAUGACCUUGCCGCAAAAAAUGAUAAUGAUGCCAGGUUAGGAUGAGUCAAGUUAAGAUAUUUGAAGAUUUGCCAGGAAGCUUUAUUUUUAAUUCUAUUUUCGAUGAAAAUCAUCAUUUUGCAAUUAGACAGCUUCUUGUUUCAGAAAUUUCAUGCAUCUUUUAUUGCAAAUUAA